AUGUCAGAUAAAACUUUAGAUGAACGUACCACAGCAAUUCUUACAGAACAUUUAGAAUUUGCUCCUUUGACACUUAUUGAUGAUGUGAUCAAUGCUGUGAAUGAAAUCAUGUAUAAGGGAACCACAGCUAUUGAAACUUAUUUAAAAGAACAAAAACAAUUAAUGAAAAAUGGGAUAUUUACUAAAGUUACUGAAGAUGAAAUAGAAAUUGGGAUGGGGAAAUUAGAAUCAUUAUUAGAAUCUACUAUAGAUAAUAAUUUUGAUAAAUUUGAAUUAUAUUGUUUAAGAAAUAUUUUUAAUAUACCUAAAGAUUUAAUCCCAUAUAUAAAAUUGAAUCAUCAACAAGAAAUUGAAUUUAAUCAUAAUAAUGUUGAAUUAAAACAAAAAUUUGAUCAACAAAUUGAAAAUUUACAAUGGAAAAUAAUGCAAGAAUUACAAUUACGAAAAAUAUUGAAAUUACAACUUGUUAAAAUUCAAAAAUUGAUUAAAAUAUUAAUAAUUAUUGAUAAUGAUUUUAAAAAAUUAGAUUUUGGUAAUGGAUAUGGUAAUAGUAAUAGUAAUAGUAAUAGUAAUGAAGAAUCAAUAAAUAUUUUGAAAAAUCUUCAACCUAUUGAUGAAACAUUAUAUUUUUUAAUUAGUCAAAUUAAAAAUCUAAUAAAUCAAAUUGAACAAUUAUCUAAUAAAGUUAAUAUAAAUUUGAAAACUCAAAAAUUUAUUCCUAAUUUACGUGAUAAAUUCAUUGAUGGUAGAACUUUUAGAGUUUUACAACAAACUGGAAUUUGGAAAGAUUUAGAAAAUAAUGAUAUUAAGAUACUGGUACAGGGAAAUGACAAUACCACCACCACUACUACUACUACUACUACUACUAAAAACUUAGUUGAUCAAGAAGAUAUUGAAAUGAUAAUACCAGAGAAAGACAUUGAUGUGGAUGUCAUUAAGAAUAUUAAUGCUCAGAUUUAG